AUGAGUGGGGCAAACCAGUCAAGUGUCUCUGAGUUCCUCCUCCUGUGGCUCUCCAGGCAGCCCCAGCAGCAGCAGCAGCUCCUCUUGGGGCUCUUCCUGAGCAUGUACCUGGUCACAGUCCUGGGAAACCUGCUCAUCAUCCUGGCCAUCAGCACUGACUCCCGUCUGCACACCCCCAUGUACUUCUUCCUCUGCAAUCUGUCCUUCGUGGAUGUCUGCUUCUCCUCUACCACUGUCCCCAAGAUGCUGGCCAACCAUAUACUUGAGAGUCAAUCCAUCUCCUUCCCUGGGUGUCUCAUGCAGCUGUAUUUUCUCAUUGUGUUUGCCUACAUGGACAAUUUCCUCCUGUCUGUGAUGGCCUAUGAUCGCUUUGUUGCUGUAUGCUACCCCUUACACUACACAACAAAGUUGACCCCUCAAAUCUGUGCUCUCAUGGUUUUUGGAUCUUGGGUCACUGCCAGUCUGAAUGCUCUGUUGCACACUCUGCUGAUGGCUCGACUCUCAUUCUGUGCAGAUAACACGAUUCCCCACUACUUCUGUGAUGUGGUUCCUCUCCUGGGACUCUCCUGCUCUGACACAUACCUCAAUGACAUGAUGAUUCUUAUUGUAGCAGGGCUGUUAAUGAUUGCUCCAUUCGUUUGCAUCCUCAUCUCGUAUAUUCUUAUUGCUUGCGCCGUCCUUAGAGUCCCAUCAUCGAAGGGAAGGUGGAAAGCCUUCUCUACUUGUGGCUCCCACCUGGUUGUUGUUUUGUUCUUCUAUGGCACCAUCAUUGCUGUGUAUUUCAACCCUUCAUCCUCCCACUCAGGUGAGAAAGACACCGCAGCUACUGUGUUGUACACAAUGGUGACCCCCAUGCUGAACCCUUUCAUCUACAGCCUCAGGAACAAGGACUUGAAAGGGGCUGUAAGAAAACUGAUCAGCAGAAAAAGGCUUUCUAGUUGA